CUGCCCGGAUCUCUUGUUACGGCCGCCAUUUUAAUACUCGGGUCGGACCGCGAACUCAAUCCUUUUUCUUGCGUCUGUGCGCGCGCUUUUUUUUUCCUCUCGGCCCGUUCCCGGUAUGGAGGAGAACACCGACUACGGAAGUAGCAACAAUAACAACAAUACAGGCUCCGGCAGCGGAGGCCAGGAAGAUUUCGCCGAGGGCUCGAAGAUCAACGCCAGCAAGAACCAGCAGGAUGACGGCAAAAUGUUCAUUGGUGGUCUGAGCUGGGAUACAAGCAAAAAAGAUUUGACUGAGUAUUUGUCUCGCUUUGGAGAAGUAGUGGAUUGCACAAUAAAAACGGAUCCGGUCACAGGAAGGUCAAGAGGGUUUGGGUUUGUGCUUUUCAAAGAUGCUGCCAGUGUUGAGAAGGUCUUGGAACUGAAAGAACACAAAUUGGAUGGCAAGUUAAUAGAUCCCAAAAGGGCAAAAGCUCUGAAAGGGAAAGAGCCACCAAAGAAGGUAUUCGUUGGUGGACUGAGUCCAGAUACCUCUGAAGAACAAAUCAAGGAGUAUUUUGGUGGUUUUGGAGAGAUUGAAAAUAUAGAGCUUCCCAUGGACACAAAAACUAAUGAAAGGAGAGGUUUUUGUUUCAUCACAUACUCAGAAGAAGAACCAGUAAAGAAAUUGUUGGAAAGCAGAUACCAUCAGAUUGGUUCUGGCAAGUGUGAGAUCAAAGUAGCACAACCCAAAGAUGUAUAUAGGCAGCAGCAACAGCAACAAAAGGGAGGCAGAGGUGCAUCAUCUGGUGGGCGUGGGGGUUCCAGAGGACGUGGCAGGGGUCAAGGCCAAAAUUGGAACCAAGGGUAUAACAAUUACUAUGAUCAAGGAUAUGGAAGUUACAACAGUCCUUACAGUGAUCAGAGCUACAGCAGCUAUGGGGGAUAUGAUUAUUCUGGGUACAAUUACCCAGGUUAUGGCUAUGGCCAGGGAUAUGCUGACUACAGUGGACAGCAAAGCACAUAUGGAAAGGCAUCCCGAGGUGGCGGCAAUCACCAAAACAACUACCAGCCAUAUUAAAGAAAUAUUUGGGAAGAAACAGGUAGAGACUACAGCAAAGCCAUCUUGCAGAACUUAAAGGACUGACUGGAGGGUGGUCUUCGUGACAUGAGAUUGUUUUGUAAAAGACUUUUAGUGUAUGACACAGCAGUGUCUGACUGUACAUAGUGACUGGCUAGUUUUCUUUAUGGUUUUUACUUUUUUGUCCUUUUGUCAUCUGUGUUACAAUGCCAAUGUGGUUAUUGUGUUUAUACAAUUUUAUUUGUAUAAUUUCUUGUUGAAUGACUCAAAUAAAAACUUACCUUCUGUGA